GUGGGAAAAUGCAAGUUGGAUUUUGAUGCCAACGCCAGCACCAUCGAGAAGAACCCGGCAGAGAACAUCUCGUUGAAUCAGACUGGAACUUUCACCUUUUGCGUCAACAACUUCAACAACCGUGACGCAGCCGACGUUCCCUUUAAGGUGAUUGUGAGGAAGUCUGGACAAGAACUGGCAGAGCACAACGCCAUUUGGCCAAAGAGUCGCAAGAAGGGCGACAAAAUGGUCGUGUGCACUGUUACGGUGACUCCUCAGGACCUGCAGGAGAAGUCGGUGGAGAUGUCGGAAGCGGAGCAGAAGAAGCUCUUGGCCAAGGAGGCGGAAUGGGCCAGACUCUUCGGUGAGCCGAAGGCCUACCUGGCCUGCGAGGCCCAGGUCCAGUUCCUGAAAACCGUGCUGACCGACCCAAAGGCGGCCGUAGCCAAGGGCGCGCAGCAAGUCUUUGAGCAGCUGCUGACGGCCAAACCGCAGGCAGAGCAAAGAAGCCGAGCUUGGCAGAGAGAUGCAAAUUAG